AUUUAUUCAUGUAUUAAUGUUGAUUAAGCAAUGUAGUGUUUUUCAUCAGUAAAUACGAAAAAGUUAAAUUGCAACUCAUUUCAGAUAUAUGGUAACUGUGCAGCAUUUCAGCAGCACAGAUUCUUGUUCCAAUUUGAAGAAAGAUAAAAGUAUUUACUAGCUUCUCCGAGGUUGACGCAAUUACAAUUCGUACCAUAGUCCACGGAAUUCUGGGAACUGUAGUUUCGAUAUAUUCAGAUCCAGGCUUUUACCAUGCUUUUGGUCGUAGUAUGGUUUUGAAUUAAAAGCUUCUGAUCCUUUCCAACUUUUACGAGUAACCCACGCCUCUAAUCACAGAAACAACGUUUCCAAUUUCAGAUUGCUCCGCUCUUCCCCUUAAACUUGUAAGCGAAAGGCAAAAUGGCGGCAAAAGGAUGCAAGAACUUCCGACUGGUAGCGUCGCGCAAGUUUGGUUCAAGCGCCCGCCCUUCAUCGAGGUCUUUGGCUUGUAAGAAAUGUGGGAAAGGAGCACUUCCUGUUUCGCGAUUUUCUCUCCAGGAAAAAUGGUGCAGGGGGAGCAGUUCAGAAUUACGCCUGGAGUUAAUAAAUAGCAUUUUCGCUUCAUUUUGAUGGAUGCCAGAGACAAGCAGGUUCUGCGCUCCUUGCGCCUGGAGCUGUGUGCAGACCUGCUGGUUGAGGGUCUUAUCAUUCAAUAUCUUUAUCAAGAAGAAAUUCUAACAGACAAUCAUGUGCAAGAAAUAAGGGCCCAAGUUACUAACCAACGGAAAACUUUGGUACUUCUUGAUAUCCUUCCAACAAGAGGUCCUAAGGCAUUUGAAGCAUUUCUAGAAUCCUUACAAGAGUUUCCAUGGGUGAGAGAAAAAGUUGAAUCAAAGCGCAAUGAAGUUAUGCUAAUGACUUCUGUAGAUGAUCAGCUACUCAAAUUUCCACAAAAGAUUUUGAAGAAAUCACCGACCGAUCAACAGAUUAGCAAACUUGCUCAGAGACUUGGACCUGAAUGGGAGUGCAUUGUAUUGUCUCUUGGCUUGAGUCAAAAUGACAUCUAUUGUUGUAAAGUCAACCACCCAUACAAUAUCAAAUCACAGAUUGUAAGUGCCUUCAUUUUAUGGAGGCAACGUUUGGGGAAUAAAGCUACUAUGGAGAGUCUGUGCACUGGUUUGAAAUUUGGAGAAGUAGAUUCUUCAGUAAUCCAGCAGCUGUUUCAAUGACCUUCUAGACUUCAUAACAACUGGAUUCAAUCAAACCAAAGGCCCAUCCAAUAUUCUGUCUCCACAGUGCUUACUCAGAAAUUAUGGAAAGUCUAUAUCUUGGCACGACUUUAGCAGCCACCCAGUAUUGUCACUCACAUUGCCUUCCAAUUGGCCUUAGCAUGUGGGCGUUGAUUGCUGCAGCAGCUAUAUUGCCCUCAUGAUCACUGUUGGUAACUUUUUCCUCUAUGGAGUCUCCAAAUGCCAUGCCUUCAUAUGGCAAAGCCACUUUUAAGAUCAGAUACUGUGGAGGAGAUUUUGGUAUUGCAUGAAAUCCUGUCGUGGAUGAGAAAUUAGUGUUGACAACCGUACCAAUGCUGUGCAAGCCUUCCACAUUUCCAAGGCACUCUCCUCUUGGUCUUAAUAUCCUUUAUUAAUAGCAAUAAGUUGAUCCAGUAGCAAAUCAAAAGGAAAGGGCUGUCAUCACUGAAUAGCUACCAAGGAUAACAGUCUCCCUAUUAGGGAUGCAAGGAAACAGAACAGGUACUUGUAGUUACUACUUUGUGUUAUACACCCAACAAGUUGGUGACUGUGCUUUUUUUAAUGUUAAUGUCUAGGAAUGUUAUAAUGUCCUGUUUAUUUUUAAAGCAUGCAUAUUGUUUAUUAUUACAAGCAUAAAAAAGAACAGUCCAAAAAAAUCUACAUUUCGUUAUAUGAAUUCUGACUAUUUAUUGUGUAAGUUACUUAAGACAUGGAUUGGAUCUGAUCUUAAUUCUUGCUGGUAUGCACUGGAGUGGCCGUACUCUGUAUUCUAUACUUUGUAUAUAAAGAUUAAUAACACUGAUAUAUGCAUUGCCUGCAGUUUCAUUUUAGACAAAGAGGUGUCUGUUUCCUGAAGUUAAUGGAUCUAAGUAUGCCUAUCUUUGCAUGGGAUGUCACUAGUCUGCAGAAAGUUCUGUGUCAAAAAAACCCCAAAUAUUUCUAGUUUAAAAGCAAGCAUUGGUAAAAAGCAUACUUUUCCUAACCUGUGUCAUGUUUAUUUGCGUCAUUUUGCUGUGGAUAUGUUUAUUUGUGAUUCAAUAAUAUUGCCAAGUGUUUUCUACUUAUUGGAUUUGAACUUUGUAGAUAUUCCUAAAAGCCAAUUUUCAUAUUUGAUUGCUGUCAGCUUUCAUUCCUCUUUAAAUCAUUUACCACC